AGCGACCUUAUUUAAGAGCGUUGGGAGAGCCAAAGGAUCAUAAGCCGUUUUAGACGUUUAGACAUCAGGAGGACGUCCAAAGCGAUAAAAGCCACUUCAAAAAGACGCUUGUGCUGCACUCAUCAGAGGAUGCAGCUAGUUGUCAUGGCAACAGUGCUGGCGCUGGCACUGGCAGGUACCGCUAAGCAUUGCAGUUUAGGCUGCACCCCGCGAAACGUCACCAUCCCCGUGGAGAGCUGUGGCAGAACCGAAUACGUCGACACCACCGUAUGCGAAGGACAGUGCUACAAUGAGGAUCCAGUCUACCUGUCUCCGGUGAAAGAGACCAAACAGAAAGUCUGCGAUGGCAACUGGAGCUACGAAGUGAAACACAUCAGAGGCUGUUCCGUGGGUGUCACCUACCCUGUGGCCAAAAGCUGCCAGUGUACUUCAUGUAACGAAGACUACACAGAUUGUGGACGUGUUCCUUGGUUCAUGCCAAGCUGCUUUUGAACCUUGCUUUUUAGUUUCCAUUAACAUUGAUACUGGGAAAAGUGUGUUUCCACAUUCAAAUGUGAAAAAAAAAAUGUUGA